AUGAAAUCUAUGCUGGAACAGAUCCUGAAAGGUCAGCAAAAGAUUACUGUGGAUUUCAAUGGGAAGAUUGAUGCUCUGUAUCUGGAUCUGAAUGGAAAAUUCGAAGCUCUAAACACUCAUGUUAAGAAGCUGGACAUUCAAGUUGCUCAAACUGCUGAGGCUGUAAAAAGGCAAGAGGGAUUUCUUCCUGGGAAGACUGACACCAACCCAAGACAUUACUGCAGUGCCAUCACGUUGAGAAGUGGUAAAAAGCUUACUCCUGAGCUUAAAAAGGGUGAUCAUGAGGAUGAAGUCGUGGAACUGGAGGAAUCUGCAGAAGAUUUUGAAACUGCAGAGCCGGUGUCGAGCGACACUACCACUAGUGUCGCGCGACACCAAGUCGAUGAUAUGAAGAAGACACCAGCAGUGACGCACGACACCAACACGGGGGUUGAGCGACACCAAGAAGCUGAGACGAAGAAGAAAUUAUCAGUGCCGAGCGACACCACCUCUAGUGUCGGUCGACACCAACCUGAGGGUCCGAAAUCACUGCUAGUGUCGAGCAACACCACCACUAGUGUUGAUCGACACCAGCCGCCAUCUGAAGAAAUCAUCACCAAGAAGCCAAAACCAGCUGAGGAAAGAGUCUACAAACCUAAGAUUCUUUACCCAAGGAGUCCUAGGAAGUCCGAUCAGGAGCUAGACGAUGCUAGAUGCAAGGCUUUGAUGGAGAAACUUGUGAUUGAGAUUCCUUUGGUUGAUGCUGUGAAGAUUAAUCCUUUUCUUAGGCGUUAUGUGAAGAAGAUGGUGACUAAUAAUCUGACUCAUGAGGAAGGAGUGAUGAUGAUUUCUGAACAGGUCAGUUCUGUGAUUCAGAAUAAGAUUCCAAAGAAGCUCUCGGACCCAGGAAGCUUUGUUUUGGACUGCUCUAUAUUCUCAGAGAGGUUCAAGAGAUCGCUGUGUGAUCUUGGUUCGAGUGUCAACCUCAUGCCAUACUCUUUAGCUGUUAACCUUGGGAUGACUGACUUCAAGCCAACUAAGAUCUCUCUAAUCCUAGCAGAUCGAUCUAAAAGAAUCCCAAAAGGUGUCUUGGAGGAUGUUCCAAUUAAAGUUGGUGAUUGCAUAAUUCCUACAGAUUUCGUGGUUCUGGAAUAUGGAGAGGAACCCAAAGAUCCUCUUAUCCUGGGAAGAUCAUUUUUAGCUACAGCUGGAGCGGUGAUUGAUGUCAAGCAUGGUAACCUUGAUCUCCACCUGGGAGAUACAAUCAUGAGCUUCAAGAUGGAGAAGCUGAAGGAUCCAACCAUAGAUGGUCAGACAUUCCAAGUCAGUGUAAUACCUGAAGUGAUAGUUGGAGAUCAGAACGUGUUUGAUGCUGAGAAGGUGAGAGAUCAACCUGAGUUGACAAAAGCGUCUACAGAACCAGUGACUGCUGUUGAUCAGGAAGCUCAAAACAUUUCACUCCAUUCAUCUCCACCAAAGCAAAGGUAUGCACCUCUUGAGCCUAAUCCUAAUUCUUGUGAUAUCAUCAAAACUGAUUUGAAAGAUGCAGACUCUGUCUCAUGA